AUGGGCUUUUCGGCAAGGCUAUCUAAAGUGGGACCGGGCAUCUCACACCCGCGCUUUCACCUGGUAGCUGCGCACACUCACUGCCGGAGUCUAUGGCGAUGUGCACGAAGUAGCAAGGACGAACACGCAGAACAAUUUGCUCGAGCCAACAAGCGUCAAAAUCAUCCUGUAUCGAGUCACAAAGAAACAGAAUGGCAUCAUAACUGGACUUCGGCCAGUCGGAAAAUCCCAGGCCGGAGCUGGGAAGUCUGGUGGUCUCGGUCGGGUGUUUCGGAUUGGGUACCGGGUCAGAGAAGAAGAUAUUGGGAUGCAGAAUCACAGAAGCGCAUCCAAUCGCUGAAAAAGCUCAUCGAGGCAGACGCCUACGCCGCUGUGUUUGGGCGUAGACUAGAUCGCUUCCACAAUUUUGGAAAAGGUGAUACCUUCUGGAAUGGCUAUCUUCAAUCCUUUUCGAAGGCACAGCGGCCUACCAAACCAAGUGUACCGGGUUCGACUCAAAAGCAAGCGGGGAGCAACAUCAACCAUAUAGGGUUGCAAUAUGACCCGAUCAGUGGACGUAUGGCGCCCAUGCCACCCUCGGCAUCUCAGGAUCUUGAUGGAGUAAUCCGCGAGCACCAGAAGAAUGCUGAAAGCCCAUCAGCAAAUGAAGCCGAAUCAAAGUACACCGCCGAAAACAACUUAACUGAAGAUAGACAGCCUCAACAGGGGGCUUUGAAGCUAAGCGCUCAGACUCAACUCGAUCCACACUCCGCAGUUACAGAUUCUCCAGAAAUUGAGUCGGGAGCAGCCUCAAGUUCCAGUUCUUUGACUCAAGGUGUGCAGGCAAGAUCAGAAACUCUCUGUGAGACUGAAGAUAAGCCCAAGCUCGAUGUCAACGGUCAUUUUGGAAGUGAUUUGCACUCUUUUUCGACUUCCGAGUCCACAAAGCCAGCCCAGCGCCAACCAGACCAUUCUAAGCCCGAGAUAAAAACCGCGGGACCGAUCUUGCUCACAGAUCCGGCCUCAACUGCCACUUUUGAGUGUUCACCAGGAAAUGAACUGGAGGCUAAGUUCAUAGCUGAUCCUGUCAGCUGCUCCGAAAAAAGCCUCGCAUCUGAGCUCAACACCCAGCAGCCAGAAAAAUCCGCGAUGACCGUUCCUUGUUCACCCGGUGGUGAAAUAGAAGCCAAUUUUACUGCUAUAAAUGCACACCAAGAGGCCCAGACCGAUGAACCUCAGCCAAUUGCUAAUCCACAACCUCCGUCAUACAAACAGGAAACUGUUGACUGUUCUCCGGUCAGCGAGAUAGAAGCACAGAUCGUGUCCGAGUCGGUCAACAGAGACAACGCCCAGUUAGAAGACCAAGAGCCUAUCUACUGUCCCCCUGGAAGCGAGCUUGAAGCAAACUUCAUUACCAACCCGUCGUCAGCCAACGAUGACCAUUCCCGGCCACCAAAUAUUGCAAGUCCAAGUACUACCAAGAAUAUCAACGUCAAUGUCGACUGCCCACCGGGGAAUGAGCUCGAAGCGAUGUUUAUUACUGAUUCUACGAACACGAAAGACCCAAACACAGACACAGGCCCCGACAGCUUUGGUCAAAGUAAAAUGAAAGUGCAUCCCUGCCAUUCAAGCCUUGCUUAUUCAGAAGACCGCGUUGGCGACUGUAUUGUCCAGAAUCAAGCCUCGGUCCUUAAAGACGAUACUCAGCCAUCAGUGCCCCAGCAGUCUUUUCCAGAGUUUUAUAUCUUUGCUUUUGAUGCGUCCACAUCACAAGUGACGACCGCGACAGCAGACACAUUUUUCGGAAUCAACGAAGAUGCCAAACCCAGUGAGAUCCUCUCACAACUCCACAACCCUACCAUAUUUCUGCCAUAUUUCGAAAAGAUGCAAUCAGAGGGUUACGAGAUAGCAGCCGGCGGAGGAAACAUCCUUGUUUGUCGAAAAAUCCAUAGCACCCCUUCCCCUGAAAACGCAGAGCAAGAUGCAGCCGUUCACUCGGAAACUGCAAAGCAUCUUCAACGCGAUUCAAAAGAUUCUUCUCCAUCUAUCCCAACAUCUUAUGAACAAACCCCAGAGCCCCUUCUAGCAGCCGAGCCAUCAAGUCUGAAGCCCGAACCGUUGACGGAAUCGGGGUCGUCCCGCGGCGUAAUCCAAAGAAUGAUAUUCGCUGGCGUGGCUACUGCAAUGACAUGCUAUGCUAUUGGAGCGGUAACUGAAUUCUUUCGCACCGGCGGAAAAGAUGGACGUGGCGCCGAUGCUUUUACUGUGUUUGAGUCGGAUAGGCGUCGAGAGUGA